UGACAUUGUUCUCUAUCGCUCCACGGACAGGGCCAUCUUUGGUCGUCUCCGCCGGUGACAGUGUGGGCUGUAUUCCCCAUUGAUCAUUAAUGCCCAAUGAUUAAUAAAUAACACGUUCCGCUGAAGAGCCUUUUCAAGCAGCCACGCCUGAGAGAAAACACAGGAAUUUUAUUUCUCAGCUUUUUUUUGUGGACCCACUGGCAUUAUUUCCUUCAGCACCCCUUCAUUUCCCCAGGCUGAAAAAAAGAGGGCGAGACGGGAGAGGCGGUGAUACAACAUGGAUGAGGAAUAUGAUGUGAUCGUUUUGGGCACCGGACUCACAGAAUGCAUUCUGUCUGGGAUCAUGUCUGUGAAUGGGAAAAAGGUUCUGCACAUGGACAGGAACCCUUACUACGGUGGGGAAAGCUCUUCCAUUACACCGCUGGAAGAGCUUUACAAGCGCUUUACUCUCCCUGAUAGCCCACCGGAGUCAAUGGGCAGAGGAAGGGACUGGAACGUUGAUCUCAUCCCCAAGUUCCUCAUGGCCAAUGGUCAGCUUGUGAAGAUGCUGCUAUACACAGAAGUGACUCGGUACCUGGACUUUAAAGUGGUGGAGGGAAGCUUCGUCUACAAAGGAGGAAAAAUCUACAAGGUGCCGUCAACCGAGACGGAGGCACUUGCUUCCAAUCUGAUGGGAAUGUUUGAGAAGAGAAGGUUUCGGAAGUUUUUGGUCUUUGUGGCCAAUUUCGACGAGAACGACCCCAAGACCUUUGAGGGGGUUGACCCUAAAACCACCACCAUGAGGGACGUCUACAAGAAGUUUGACCUGGGCCAGGACGUCAUCGACUUUACUGGACACGCCCUGGCCCUCUACCGGACAGAUGACUAUCUUGACGUUCCCUGUUUGGAGACGAUCAAUCGUAUCAAACUGUACAGCGAAUCUCUGGCGCGUUAUGGAAAGAGCCCCUACCUCUACCCGCUGUACGGUCUGGGGGAACUGCCGCAGGGAUUUGCCAGGCUGAGCGCAAUCUACGGAGGAACCUACAUGCUGAACAAGCCUGUAGAUGAGAUCGUAAUGGAUGGUGGCAAAGUGAUUGGAGUGAAGUCAGAAGGCGAGGUGGCUCGGUGCAAGCAGCUCAUCUGUGACCCCAGCUACAUCCCGGACCGCGUUCGUAAGGCGGGCCAGGUGAUCCGUGUCAUCUGCAUCCUGAGCCAUCCAAUCAAGAACACCAACGACGCCAACUCCUGCCAGAUCAUCAUCCCUCAGAAUCAGGUCAACCGCAACUCUGACAUCUACGUCUGCAUGAUCUCUUACGCUCACAACGUGGCGGCCCAGGGGAAGUACAUAGCCAUCGUCAGCACCACAGUGGAGACCAGCGAACCCGAGGCUGAGAUCGAACCGGCCUUGGAGCUCCUGGAGCCCAUCGAUCAAAAGUUUGUGGCUAUUAGUGACCUUUAUGAGCCCACAGACGACGGCACUGAGAGCCAGGUCUUCGCCUCGAGGUCCUACGAUGCCACGACUCACUUCGAGACCACUUGCAACGACAUCAAGGACAUCUACAAGCGCAUGACUGGGACCGACUUUGACUUUGAGAACAUGAAGCGCAAACAGAACGACGUGUUUGGGGAGGACGAGCAGUGAGGGCGGUCUGAGGGAUUCCUGGGGGCAGAAAAAAGAAGCGAAGGCGGAAAAGGAGCCGAGAGACGGCGUCUGCCUCCAUUUCUUUUCUCUUCCUCCCUCCCUCCACUCUCAAUGAAAUUCGCUCACAAACAAAAACACAUACAUGCUUUUCAAACACUCCCUUCCUCUGACACAGAAAAGCAGGGUUGAGUAGGUCUUUCUUUCAGUUGUGAAAUAUACAGUAUAGUCAUAACUUUAGCUUCGUCAUUAGGGGUGAGUUUUUGACUUGUUGCAGAUUUUCAGAACAUUUCAGACUGUUUUUGUCCGUCAUUCUCAUAUCAGGCUUUAGCUGUUUGGCAGGUCUGAGCUUGACGUAAAAUCCUCUCACAGGGUCACCUCCAGUUGGCAUGCAUGCGUCUUUUACACAGUAGUUAUUGUACAUAGACUGGAUCAACUCAGCGGUUUAAAGACCCGACCGCUCCCAUCAACCCUGCUUUCACUCCCCGUCUUUUACUUGCGUGACUUAAAAACAGACGCCGCUCCUUUGUUGGCGAAAACUUAAAUGUGAUCCAAACAGGCAUAUAAAUGGGCUGCUCUGUCAACUGGUAGUGCUCACUUUUGCAACGCUGUUGUGUUCUCAGUGCAAGCAGGAAAGUUAAUCAGUGGCUAUACCUGUCACCCUCCAACACCUCUACAUAAAAAAAUUAAAAAAAAACAAAAAAACACUUUUCUUUGUCUCAGUUAUGUAACAACAGUUUUGAAACUGAAUAGUUUACUUUCUAACUUGUUAAAUUAUUAAAGAGUUUAUUUCUAUAUAAUGGGUGCACAUUUCACUGGCUGAAGUUAUGAAGUUUACAGAGCAGUGGUAGAAACUGUGGUCUUCAAGUUGAACUUAAAAACAAAGGGAAUUCGUGGAAAACAAAGACCAGACGUUGGUUGGUGAGUCUUUUUCGGGGGAAUGGCCUUCGAAGAAGUGAAAGAGGAAUAGAUUGGAAUGUGGCAUGGAGGAAAGACUGAAUGUUGGGAAUGUUGUCGGGUUUCUUCGCAGGGUCUUAAAGAUGAAGACUGAAAUUUCAGCUCUAGGUGGAACCACCCCGUCUUAUCUCGGUUGUUUGACCCCUUGUGUUUGACUUCGUUCCCUUUCUAGAUGUGAGGUGGAAGGAGGACUUUGUAGCGUAGAUGCAGUCACACGUGCGGCCCAUUCUGAACGAACCGAGUUGCUUUUGUUUAGCCUUACCGUCCCGUCUGUCUGCGAUGCAUGGACUCCUUCAGAAAAAUCGACUGCUUUGUUUUAACUCAGAACAUUGUUGCAGGUUAGUCUUGUGCCAAAAUUGGUCUUUUCUGUUAUUGGCGACGAUUAAAGUUCACAUCAGCAGAGAGUGCAGAGUUGGAGGACAAUUGUUUUGUUUCAUACCAGUUUAAGGGUUUUAUCAUACAACUAAAACAGACACAGGAAACAGACAGAUUGCUGCUGUCAUUUGCUACAAAAGCGGCUUCAUCUCAAUUUACCACCCACCACCUAAUCUCAUGUCUGUGUUUUAUCCUUACAGUCUAUUUAUUUAAAUUCUUCUUGCUGACGUCAAAUGCUGACUCAUUUCAAAAUUGUCUUGUUGCUCUAAUUUGUUUGUUUAUUUGCUGUGUCAUAUGUUAUGUUUACCUUAUUAAGUGAUCAUUCCAUGAUUUAAUGUUACAUCUAUAGCGUUUCUCUGACAUGUUUUGGUGGAAGGAAAACUCAACCUUAGCCUUGAAUUCACACUGUGCACCGUUUGGCUUCAUGUGUGAAUCGUUACCUGAAGAAAACUGGAAUAUUGUUUACCUG